AUGGCCACUAUCCGACAUGAAUUCUACGAAUCAGACGAGAGACUCACUCUCUCAAUCUUCGACCGUGGCGCGGACCCCUCUCAGGUCUCUAUCACAUUCGAACCUAGAAAGUUCACUUAUACGCACGGCGAGAAAUCACUCGUCCUCGAACCUUUGAAGGGACAGAUUGUUCCAGAGAAGAGUGACUACACAGUUGGAAAAGUCAAGGUGGAGGUGCGCUUUGCAAAGGCUGCCAUUGGAAGAUGGGGAGGGUUGAUUGGCGAUUCCCCUGAUCCGUUGGCAAACAGUGCAGCACCUAGCUCGUCGGAUCCAGCGACUCGCCCAGCACCGCGAAGAAAGAAUUGGGAUGCAUUAACCGAGACCAUUCUCAGUGCAGAAAAAGAAAAGUCGUUGGAGGAGGACCCCAAUGCUGGCGGGGAUGCAUCGCUCAACGCAUUCUUCCAGAAGAUCUUUGCAGACGCCGACGAGGACACCAAACGCGCCAUGAUGAAGAGUUACCAGGAGAGCGGCGGCACGACCCUGAGCACUAACUGGGAGGAAGUGAAAAAGGGCAAAGUCGAAGUGAAGCCACCCACUGGAUCUGAAUGGAAGCGAUGGGGUUAA